GCCGCGGGUGGCGGGAGUCCGCGCCCGCUCCCCGGCCCCGGGCGAGCGCGGGCCUCGGCGGCGCGGCCAUGGCAGCCUCGCAGCGAGCGGCGACCCCGGCGGCCGCCCGCCUCCAGUCCCCGGGAGAUUCCAGCCCCGGAGCGCAGGCCGCCCAGUCCCAACGCGAACACCCCUCGGAGGCUGCGACGGCGGCGGCCGCGGCCUUGAAGGACGAGGAAGACGGAAAGGAGGCGGCGCCGCGGGCGCUGGCGCGGGCUGAUUUUAACACCAAUAUUUCUGAGGUAGAUGAACAAACACAAAUAAGUGAUGAGGACUUUGUGGACUUUUCUGAUAUUUGCCACUCUAAUGAAGAGUAUUUUAGGAAACUAGAAGAGCUGAAAGCUGCCCACUUGGAAACUAUGGCAAAGUUAGAGAAAAUGUACCAGAAUAAAUUAAAUUUAAAAGUUCAGCCAGUGAUCAUCAGAGAAGCUUCUAGUGUCUCUUCCAGGUCUGAAUCAGAAAAGAACUCUUAUCACCCUAUAUCAUUAAUGACAUCUUCAGAGCCUGAUUUAGGGCCGUCUUCCUCCUUGAUUAUGUCUUCCUCUGAAGACGAGUUGCCCAACUUAGAAAAAGAGUAUCCUGAGAAAAAGAGGAUGGUGAUGAGCUACGCAAAAGAGCUCAUCAACAACAUGUGGACAAACUUUUCUGUUGAAGAUUAUAUUCGGUGUGAAGAUGCUUACUUCCCAGCCGUUGAAAAAACAAAGAAGAAACCAAGAGAAUGGGCGCCAAAGAUUACAGUUCCUGAGCCUUUUCAGAUGAUGAUUAGGGAACAGAGGAAGAAAGAAGAGAACAUGAAAUCAAAAUCAGAUAUUGAAAUGGUACACCAGCUGCUCAAAAAGCAAGAAGAAGAAUCAGAGUGUAAGAAAAAAUUCCGAGCCACUCCAGUUCCUGCAUUUGUCUUUUUCCCCCUUUAUCAUGAACUAGUCAAGCAAAAUGAAGACCGCAGAAAGCGUUUGAAGGAAAAGAACAAAGAAGCUCUUCUGGCCUCACAAAAGCCAUUUAAGUUCAUUGCAAGAGAGGAACAGAAGCAAGCAAUCCGGGAAAAGAAGCUGAGAGACUUGUUUAAGUCUAAAAAGAAAACAAACCGAUUUAAGGCCAGACCUGUGCCUCGAUCUACUUAUGGCUCAGCUACCAAAGAGAAGUUAAAAGAAGAGGAGCUCUAUAGAGACAUUAUGACGCAGCUGAAAGCCCAAGAGCUCUUGCAGAAUCCACCCCCUUUGCCUUCUAGGUCAGGUCACAAAAGUUGUGCUCCAAGGAAGCUCAAGUGUCCUGAGCAGCCUGAAAGGCUGAAGUGUACACACAAGUUUAGAUGCCAGAUUGCUGAUUUUGAAAAGCUUCCUGAGGGAUACCAGAAACACCUCUCAGAACAGAAGUGUUCAAAACUCCCAGCCUCCCAUAAACCACCCAAUCUUCACUCAGCCUCCACUGCAUCCACUAAAAGAGAGAAAAUUUUGGCAGACAUUGCAACAAAUGAGGAACAUUUAAAAGAAACACGGCCUUUUCUGUCUCCAAGAAACAAGUCACCAGGAAGAAGUGCAAGUGCAAAGCCUGUGCCUUGUAACUGCCCCCCUCCAAUGCCCACAGUAUCUUCCAGAGGGAGAGAACAAGCCACAAGGAGAUCACUUGAGGAAAAGAAAAUGUUGGAAGAAGAGAGAAAUCGGAUCCUAACUAAACAGAAGCAAAGAAUGAAAGAAUUGCAGAAACUCCUGACAAUCCGGGCUAAAGCUUAUGACUCCCAUCAAAGUUUAGCUCAGAUGUCUAAAUCCAGAGUCAAAUCUCUCAGAAAGAGUGAAAAGGAAAGGAUGAGAGAAUACCAACAAGAACUAGAAGAAAGAGAAGAAAAAUUAAAAAACAGGCCGCUACUGUUUGAAAGAGUUGCUCAGAAAAAUGCAAGAAUGGCAGCAGAAAAACGUUAUUCUAACACCCUAAAAGCAUUAGGACUAUCUGAUGAGUUUGUUUCAAAGAAAGGCCAAAGUGGAAAAGUAUUUGAGUACUUCAGCAAUCAAGAGAUGAAGAAUUCUACUGAAGAUAAAGAAAGCUUUGAUGAAGAAGAAGAAGUUGAAGAAAGAGAGAGUGGGGAAGAAAAUCAUUUCAUUGAUACGAACAGCCAGGAUUCUUACAAGGAAAAAGAGGAAACUGAUGAAGAGAGUGGAGAAGAGAAAUCUGUUAAGGAGUAAGAGAGAUUGAGCAGGAUGUCUCCUGUCUGUGCCCGCGCUGUCGAUGGCAGCCCCUGGCAUUAGCAUCCGUGCUUAUGGUGAGAACAACAUCAAUGAGAGCCCUCCAACCUGUACAAGGCUCUUGAGCAAAGUCAUCUGUAGCCUGGAAAGGCCAAAUCCAACCGAAUGGUUGUUGGGUCAGUUGGAGUAAGGCUUUGCCUGUUCAGGUUUUUUAAUCACUAUGUAUGGUUUACAACUUUGACCUUACUUGUAUUUUUAAAAAAGCAUUUGAGAAUCAUAGCUGUCAUCAUAAACUGAUUAAUUCUGAACAUAUUUGCUACUUCCUUAUUUGAAUGGGAAAAAAUGGCUUGGCAUUGAGAGCAGAAAGAAGUACUGGCUUUUGGUGAUUUGAAAAAAUGUUUUUGGGAAGUCUGAAUCAAUAAAUAUUUUUAAAUUAUA